AUAAUAUGAACUAAUAUAGAAAGUGUGCUAUUAUAGGAUAAGAAAAUUUUCCAAAGUGACAAUUGAAAAGGAAAAGACUGUUGAAUUUUAGGGAAUUGUUUUUUUUGUAAAUACAACCAUAAAUACCCGAAUAAAAAUAUAAUAUAACUGUCAAUUAAAGUGCUACUAUACUUCACUGAAAUGAAACAAUAACAUGCAUAUAAAUAACAAUGUGUCAGAGUGUCGUGGGGACAGAAUAUGUGCUGUUUGAUUUUAGAAAAUUGUCUGAAAUUGUGAAAUUUAAUCUUGAACGGAAUCAGAGUGAUGAAUGAUGGUGAUUCAUCAAAUUACAGUGUAGAAAAAGUCCCAGGAAAAACACACAAUCAAUUUUUGAUUCAACAUUCUUCAAUUAGUGCAAGACGACGCCUCGCGAUGAUGCCGAAAGCUUCGAUACUAAACAUCAACACGUCACCAACAUCCUCGUCUCCUGCCGCGUCAACGCGCCCCAAACUGGGCUUUAGCAUCGACAGCCUUGUGGGCUUGAGCGAAGCUUCAAAGCCUCCUAAGGCGACGAAACAAAGCCGACACUCAGCCCAACACAUCAAGUCCCUCAAGGACCAAGGCGACUCGAACGUCGCCGCGGAAUAUCGGCGUGAUGAAGUCCGAAACGAAUUCCGGGGAGAGUUUCGUACGAAUUUGUUCAACAACGAUGAAGUGAUGCAACAUCAAAUGGAGAAUAUACAGCAAGCGCUGUAUCAUAUCAACCGGAAUAAAAGGAAUAAUCAGCACCUGUCUUCCCCUUCUAGUUCAUCCCCAUCCCCAUCCCCUCCGUCCAAGGAACCAAAUUCCCCGCAUCCCCACACCAAGAAAGGACUGGGGUCCCCAAGAAGGAGGACCCCUCCUACAUCUCCUAGUAUCCUACAGAGAACAUUAAAUAAUUCGGGUUUUCAUCGCCCAACUUUUUCUCCACCGGUUGUAUCGUCUCCAAUGCCUUCGAGGUCUCCAACUUUGUCAUCUCCUAUUUUAUGUUCCGGUGCUUCAACAUUGCGUAUUCCAGAACCUAUUCAUCCACUCAACUCGAGUCCUCUCACUUUAUCUUUACCAAAUACUCUUACUAAUCACCUAUCUAAUCCUUUAUCAAAUCCACUCAAUUUUCCACCGUUUGGUUUGCCACUGGCCGCGUUGUUACCGCAAAUACGUCCCGGAUACCCGCAUCCUUCCCUUGCACAAAACAUAUCAAGUGCCCAGGAGCUUCAUAAUUCCUUAUCCUCAAGUGAGCCGACAUCUUUACCUUCGUCUAGUCUAUCGUGUCUGACUUCUUCGGGUGUUACAGUAGCCACCACUAGCGGCUUGCACCACUCACACCCUAAUGGCCUCAUGUCGAACCCUCUUCUUGCCAAUGGGUUUCCCUCCAGCGCCCAUUCGGGCCUCAUUCAAACAGCGUUACCGGCCUCGUGGGGCCAAACUUCACCAGGAUUCAACACUGGCCCUUUGGGACCUUCUCUGAUGGGCCCACAUGGUUUAGGCACGCCUCUACCACCAGCUAAUCUACCACGCCAGUAUCCUGUAUACCCAUGGCUGCUCACGAGACACAACCGAUUAUUUGGACACCGGUUCCCAGGUCCGGACUUUCCGACUUUUUUGCUGCCGUUCCGCAAGCCUAAGCGCAUCCGGACAGCGUUCAGUCCGUCGCAGCUGCUGAAGCUGGAGCAGGCGUUCGAGAAGAACCAGUACGUCGUGGGACAGGAACGCAAGCAACUCGCUCAGACUCUCAACCUCUCAGAAACUCAGGUUAAAGUUUGGUUCCAGAACCGCCGGACGAAGCACAAGCGCGUGGUCCAUGACGGCGAAGAUGGUGAAGAUGGUCAUCAAGGUCCUCAUGACGAUGACGUAGACGAUGAAGAAGAUGUUGGUCAUGACCGACCAGAAGCUGAAAGUACCAGCGGCAGCCGAAGACAUCGCAACGACAGCAAAACAUCAACCAGAAACAGACAAACGAUCAUCGGAGACGCCGACGAUGGCGAAGACGAUGAAGAUGAAGACGAUUCAAUCGUUGAUUCGUCAGUUGGGAUUGACAGGCAAGACGACCGGGUGGUGUUUCAACAUGAUUCUUCAGUAGGUUCAUCCAUGAUGGAAGAAACAACUGGCAGGGAAGGAUUUGAUCCAUCCAUGAGGAGUAUGUCACCUUCCUCUACUAUAACCUCCAUACCCAACGAAAGUCUACCUUUAGGUCGACUACCCCGAGCUGAAAGUCGAAGAAGUCGAAGUCCAAUGGAAGUUGAACACCCCAGGGGUGUGCCAGAAGUUAGGGGAAGAAACGAUAAACCCGACGAUUUAGGAUUAGCCGUAUCGAGCUUGAUGAACCCUGUACAGAACCACCCAUAUCGAGCAUCACCAAUUCUAAAACAUUCAGUUGGUGGGUUCAGUUCAAAUACUCCAAUAAAUGAUGUCACCACACCUGAUAUCAACUCUGCAUCACAGACUCGUGAGUGCUACUCACCUGUUAUUGGUGCUGAACACCUUAUACUAAAGAACAGAAACUUGUCUGAACACAACAGAAACAUGUCAGAACACAACAGAAACAUGUCGGAACACAACAGAAACUUGUCGGAACACAGCAGAAACAUGUCGGAACACGCAAAUUCAGGCAAGGCAUCCCUAGGUUUGACUAUACAGAGAAUGACGCAUUGCAGUUCAGGGAACUGACGUUCACCUCGUCACCUUGUCACAUUCACCUGUCGAAUAACUUUACCUACGGUGUUUUUUCAGUAAAAUAUU